AUGGGCAGUGUCAAGGUCGGGUUCGCCGUACAAGUCGCCAUCACCGGCUCUCUAAAUGACCAUAUAGUCGAGAUGGAUGACACCUAUGGCAGUCUUUACGUGGAACAGCAGCUUAAGCGACAAGCCGAGGCAGAUCAGCUGCAGGGUGAUAGUGGAUCAGACUUCGAGCUGGUCUCUGACAGCGGUGCGCAGUCUUGUCUGGCAGUAGAGACCAAGGCGACGUCUUCGCUUGCCGCAAAAUCCAGGCCAAUUCCAUCCCCGCUCUCUUUUAUAGAGUCCCUAAGGGGCGACAAUGAGGAGUCCGUUCAGACCGAGUUAGUCACCGCCCGGAAGCCUCUCCCUAAGGCAAUGGGUGACCGGCGUGCCUCCUCACAGAGAGACUUUUUUGAGGUUAUCUUAGAAGACCAGGGGACCACCAGUACCUCCCCAAGCACGCCAAAUUCGGUAAGCUCUGUGGCCGUGAAUGACGACACACUAGUGACGUCUCCAAACAAGCGGAUGGCAACAUCUAGCCCCGGCCACCAACCAGCUAAGAAACAUAGGACCGAUAACCAAAAUGAGACCGCGGCCCCCGAUGUCAUUCACUCGACACCUGGCGAGUUUUCAUGUCGCUCAGAGGGUGUCGGUUCCCCCUCGGAAAGUGUGACAUUGCCUCUGCUCAAGUCAACUGGUGAUAUUUCGCCCCGACCGGGAACAUCGUCCAUGGAAUGGGCAGCAGGGAUUCUCUCGACCUUAGAGAGUGGGGGCAAAUCCUAUAGAUACGCGGUCUCCAACUCGGAUACGAUAUCUAAUACAGGAAAGCACAUGGCUAAUGAGGAACUUCGAAGCCCACCCACGUCCUCGAAUGUGUCGACGUCCUAUCUCGACAUAUCCCCUGUGCAGGCAGACUACACGCAAGCCACAUCUGUCGACGGGACGAACUCUCUAUAUCAGAAGCGGGGUUUUUUGGGAGACCCAGUGAACUUGCAUGACCUGGCGCAAGGCACAAAGGGGAUCCGAGCGCCACAGUUCCUCUCUAUGUCUGAGAAUCUGUUAAAUAUACCCACAUCGAAUGCUUCAGAAACAUUGCUAACUCCGGCCACGCCUCUAUGGACACAAGUCCCAGUUGACAGCAUCCCCCCGCGAGACGUGUCAAUUGCCCACCUGAUUAAUCCACAGCCUGCCAGAUCCCUGGUGGACCAUAUUCUAGAUGACUUUCGCAGAUAUGGCAACGUCAGUCCAGAGGAAUUGUCUUAUGCUGUCCCCGUGGCCCUUGAUCGGUACCUUAUUGAAAGGCAAAGGUCCGGCGCUGGCAAUAUCAGCACCAAACUCUCCUCUCCGGGUACAACACGGAACGCAGGUAUCUCCUCCAACAACACUAGUGGCCCGCAAAACUCAACCGUCGCCAAUGAAUUCCAGGUUUCGUCUCGAGCCCAACCCGUUGGCUCGACUACUCGGGCCACGCCUUCGCUGACUUGCUGCACUCCAACACUGGCCGAGGCCACCGAGCUGACAGCCUUGCGAUUCCAGAAUGUCGUGCACAGCCGUAAGGUUGAUGAGAUUUCUAAUGACGGCAAUCACGACCUGCUUCCCAAUGCUGCCAAUGAUGCUCCCGCAUCUACAUCCAGCGCUAUUGCUCAUGAUGAACAUAGUUGCGCAGAUGCUGAUUCCUUUUCUCUCAAUGAUGGCUAA